UCUCUUAUCAGCACUGGGAAGAACCACAUACACGAGUGGAACCACCGUUUGAUAAUUCAUAGAUACGCAAUGAAUCGCGUAGUUAUAAUCACGUUGCUUGCUGCUGUUUCUUGGGUUUGUAAUUCACACGGGCCCACUGAAACUGGAGCCGAAGUUGAGGAACUUAAAAAUGAAGUGGAAGUUUUGAAAAAGAAAAUAGAAUACCUUGAGAUAGAGAAUGCUAGAUACCAUGAGCUUAGUCUUCGUCUAAGUGCGCUAGAAUCCAAACUAGACCAAGCGGCGAAGAACGAACAGCACAGCAGUUCAAAGCGGCAAAUAAGUGGUACAAUCGCAUUUUCCGCAUGGUUGAAUAGUGAACUGUCAAACCUCGGUCCAGACCACACCAUUCAAUUUCAGAGCGUUACCUUAAAUGAAGGGAACGCUUACAACCCUCACACGGGCGUAUUCACUGUCCCACUGAAUGGCGUCUAUUUCCUUACAUUUACCGCUGAAGAUCAUCGACCUCACCGCCAAUGGUUAAAAUUAGUCGUUGACGGGCAGCUGUACUCGAACGUGGUGUUUGUACCAUCCGCUGGCAAUGCUAUGGGAAGCAACACCGUGUUGGCUCGUCUCAGAAAAGGACAGGCUGUCUGGGUCGCGGUAGAUUCUCGGGAGUCCGGAAAUUCUCUUCAAGGCUGGCCAGACCUGAAAUCCACAACGUUUUCAGGAUUUUAUCUUUACGAAUAAUUACUUAUAUAUCGCGAGAGACAAAUAAAUGGAACAUUAAAGCUUGA